AACCAAAAAACAGAAACCCCUAAAAAGAAAAUAAUACUAGAGCUGCUCACCAAUCGCCAACCAAAUUCUUGAGCAUUUGCGCGUUUCUUCUGGAAAUCGGCUGCAACUGGAAGUUAACCUUCCGCACUUCGUCUUCCGAUCCGAGCAUCAUCAAUCUCGCUCUCCAUGGAAAAGGAGGAGUCGAGAUCGAAGGAUCAGCAGAGCCCCGAGGACGCCGACGAGGCAGAACCGAUCGAGCUGGUCCUGUUCCAAGUCUCCGAGUGUUACGUCUAUCUGAUACCGCCAAGGAAAAGUGCAGCUUCUUACAGGGCUGAUGAAUGGGAUGUGAACAAGUGGGCUUGGGAGGGAGCAUUGAAAGUAAUCAGCAAGGGUGAAGAAUGCAUUAUCAAACUCGAAGACAAGAUUACUGGUGACUUAUAUGCUCGGGCAUUCUUGAGAAAUGGAGAGCCGCAUCCAGUGGAAGCUGUAAUUGACAGCAGCAGAUAUUUUGUUCUUCGUAUAGAAGAAAAUAUCGGUGGUCGUAUGCGGCAUGCUUUCAUUGGCAUUGGCUUUCGAGAAAGAACAGAGGCUUAUGAUUUCCAAGCAGCCUUGCAUGACCACAUGAAAUAUUUGGACAAAAAGAAAACUGCAGAAGAGAUGGAACAGCAAUACCAGCACAAGUCUUCGGGUGAUUUCAGUUUGAAAGAAGGGGAGACUCUUAAACUCCAAUUAAAGAACAAAAGCAGCAGUAGUCUCAAGUCGAAACAUUUGGAGCAAAGUCUGAACUCUUUGUCUUUGGAGAAGGCCAAUAAGGAAGAGCCCGUGGUAUGUCUCAAACCACCGCCACCUCCCCCGGCACCCCUUUCACCUGUUACUUCUGGUUGUGAGUCUACAGAAGACGUGCCUCCACAUUCAUCUUCUCGGCAACUUCCCGAACAUAAGGCUCUCAGCUCAAAUAAAGAAGAGUUAGGGCAAUCAAAUUCUAAUGAUGACCAGAGUGCGCAAGAAGUGCCAGAUGAUGAUUUUGGAGAUUUUCAAACAGCAGGGUAAAAACAACUUGAGAUGGCAUUGUAUAGGGGUGUCCCAGUGCACGGGAUUACCGUGUUCCAGGGUGUUGUACACUGAAUCAACCAGACAUCUCAUUCCUUUUUCUUCAUAUAAUUUGACCAACGAGAAGGUUUGGAAUCUUCAAGUUUAUGUUGAGCGUGCUGCAAUUUCAUUCAUUUGGCAAAAAUAGUAAAGGUUCUCAGAAGUGCUUUCAUCGC